UAAACUUCUUUUACCAUUCAGCCAAUAAGAACAUCAAAUGCUCUAUUAACUGAAGUAACUCUAAAAUGUUCACCACAAUAAAAAUGGCAAAUUUUCUCGACCUACUGAAAUUUCCUAAUUACCAGUGUACUGGGCUCUCUUCUCCUCCGCUCCCAUAUACUAGACUCUCUGGUCUGAUGCCCCAUUGCCUGAAUACGAGUACAAGCCGUUCUUUCCUCUUUGACGAAGCGGCGUAGCAUUGGGAGAACAACCAGCUUCACGGUUCUUCAUAAGCUUUGCUUAAAGGAGAAGGAAAAAAACCAAUGCUGCUGAAGGGUCAAUACAUAUAUGUUGUAGUACCAUCCCGGGAGACGAAGCAUUUGCUUAUAGAUUAAUGAUUGGCAGAGGUGUGGAUUGAGGUAGAUGGAGUCAAUGGUGAAAAAGUAUCAGCAGAAGUUUAGGAAGGUGAAAGAAGAGAUGGGUCGAUGGGAAGAGCUUCAAUCUCGGUUAAUUUCACAGUUCACCAGUGCUUCUGCCAUCAUCCAGAGAUUGCAGUUACUUCAAGAUCCAAAAAAGUAUGGCGCAUUAGAAUGUGUUCAGGGCAUUCAAGAUGCUGUCUUGGCGAAGCAAUUGGAGUCACUGCAAACUAUUAUGCUCUCCAUGAAUAUGACCUUAUUUCUUUGUUCCCUUAAAUUUCAUUUCAUGGGUGCUGUCGACCUCAAGAACUCAUUCUCGACCUCAAGAACUCGUGUUUCAGCAAUUGGUUAUCCUAUGGAAGAUUUUCGUGGUGUUUCUUCAUCCCUUGAGAAAGUUGUUCGUGAUGGUAGGCAGCUAGUUAAAGGAGGUUCUACUGUUGCAACAGCAAAGCAACUGCAGCAAAGAGUUGGUAUCAAACCAAGUCUUGCAGAUUGCCUGGAGGGCCUUAGGCUUCUUAGCGAGAUGCACCAUUCAGAGUACCUUCUUAAGUCAUCUGUGAUAUCGGCACUUGCAAAGGUUUCCUUGACGCCAAGUACAAGGGAUAUUUGAUAUCAUAUUUGCUGAAGACAUCACUUGAUGUUUUGUCCUCGUAUCAAUUGAAGUGCAUUACAAAUCUGUGUUAAGGCAGAAAGAAAGGAGGCACUAGCAAUCAUUUCACCAUCUUUCAGGGAUACCGUUUGAGCAAAUGCAUCCAAUAACAUGUCAUGUCAUUCCUCGGUUAGUUAUGAAGCAAAAAGCUGUCAAAUUCAAGACAGGUUGCUUGUUUGUGGAUCAUUCCCAAGCACGAGUUCUGUUUCCUGAAGAUUAUAUAUCAAAGACUCUAAUCUUCAGUGGGUGGAUGGUAGUUUGGAUGAUUUUAAAGUGUAAAUGAAUCAUAGAUUGUCAUGACAAAGAGUCAGUCAUUUUAUAUAUAUAUUUUCUUUUUUUGGCGUAACUAAAUUGGAUAGAUAAUUUUCACACAUGAUUCAUGAGGC